CAGGACGAGCGGAGCUGCCUGAGCAGCCUGCAGUUCGUGUCGCCACUCUACUUCGUCAGCUUCGUGCUCACGGCCCAGUUCGUGCUCAUCAACGUGGUGGUGGCCGUGCUCAUGAAGCACCUGGACGACAGCAACAAGGAGGCGCAGGAGGACGCCGAGAUGGACGCCGAGCUCGAGCUGGAGAUGGCGCACAGCCUGGGCCCCAGCCCGCGGCCGCCCGCCGGCUCCCCGGGGCUGCCCAGCCGGGGGCCGGCGGCGGGGGGCGCCGGGGCUGAGGCCGAGGGCCGCGUGUGCCGGCGCUGCUACUCCCCGGCCCAGGAGAACCUGUGGCUGGACAGCGUCUCUUUAAUCAUCAAGGACUCCUUGGAGGGGGAGCUGACCAUCAUCGACAACCUGUCCGGCUCUGUCUUCCACCACUACUCCUCACCCGCCGGCCGCGAGAAAUGUCAUGACGACAAACAGGUGCAGCUGGCCGAGACGGAGGCUUUCUCCCUGAACUCGGACCGGUCCUCGUCCAUCCUGCUGGCCGACGACCUGAGUCUGGAGGACCCCGCCGCCUGCCCGCCUGGCCCCAAGGACGGCAAGCAGGGGGAGCCGGACGCACCCGAGCCCCUGCGCGUGGGGGACCUGGGCGAGUGCUUCUACCCCUUGUCCAAGGCGGCCGUCUGCACGAGUGCUGAGAACUUCCUGUGCGAGAUGGAGGCGACCCCUUUCAACCCCGUCCAGUCCUGGCUGAAACACGAGAGCAGCCAAGUGCCCCCGAGCCCCUACCCCCCGGACGCCUCCAGCCCACUGCUGCCCAUGCCAGCCGAGUUCUUCCACCCUGCUGUGUCUGCCGGCCAGAAAGGGCAGGAGAAAGUCGCCAGCGCCGGGACCCUCCCCAAGAUCGCGCUGCAGGGCUCCUGGGCGUCCCUGCGCUCGCCCAGCGUCCACUGCACCCUCCUGCGGCAGGCCACCCGCAGCGACACGUCGCUGGACGCCAGCCCCAGCAGCUCGGUGGGCAGCCUGCAGACCACGCUGGAGGACAGCCUGACGCUGAGCGACAGCCCGCGCCGCGUGCUGGGGCCGGCCGCCGCCGCGCCGGGGCCCCGGGCCGGCCUCUCGCCGGCCGCCCGCCGCCGUCUCAGCCUGCGCGGCCGCGGCCUGUUCAGCCUGCGCGGGCUCCGGGCGCACCAGCGCAGCCACAGCAGCGGCGGCUCCACGAGCCCGGGCUGCACGCACCACGACUCCAUGGACCCGUCGGACGAGGAGGGCCGCGGCGGCGCGGGCGGCGAGCCCUCGGAGACGCUCAGCAGCCUCUCGCUCGCCUCGCUCUUCUGCGCGCCGGCCGCGCCGCCGCCCCCGCCGCUCGGGCCGCCGGCCGCGCGCAGGUUCGGCAGCACCAGCAGCCUGGCCGCGGGCCCCGGGCGCCCGCACGGCGCUGCCCGCGGCCUGGCCCGGAGCCCCUCGUGGGCCGCGGACCGCAGCAAGGACCCGGCGCGCCCCACGCCGCCGCCGCCCGCGGGCCUGCGCCCCUCGGCGGCCCAGCCGCGGCCGCCCCCCGGCGAGCCGGAGCCGGGCGACGCGGCCAGCACGAGGAAGAGAUGAGGGCCCCGCGGGGCCGCCGCCUGCCCCGUCUCACCUCCGUUUACCUCAGGAGCCAGGGAGCAGACAGCAAUACUUUGUCCACACCCGGGCCGCCGGCGCGGCCCCGCCGCCUGGCCCGGACCCGCGCAGGCCCCGCGCGCCCGGCGGCCCUUCCGGCGCGCGCACACACACAUAUAUAUGCAGAUAGAGAGACAGACACAUAUAUUUAUUUAUUUUUUUUACUGAGAGAUUAUGACUUCCAGAAAGUGCUACAGCCGGGGAGCCUGCAGGGCCAGCGGUUUGCUGUGGGCCCGGCCCCCAGGCGGAGGUUGUGCGGGUGCGGGGCGCCGCCCGGCUGGCCUGCAGCUUGCGGAGGACGGGCCCGGGAGAGGCCCGAGCCGAGCCGGCGCCCGCGGGCCCUCCGCUGACGGAGAAACGCUGCUACGACCCCGCCCCGGCGGGGCGCCCGUCCUGUCCCCCCACCCCGCCGUCCAGUCGUGUGACGUCUCGUGGACACCCCGUAGUCCCCGGUUAGAUGUGGUUCUUUAGAGAAGUCAGCCGCCAGCAGCCGUAGCUUCAUAGGGCAGGGGCUUGGGUAGGGGGCGACCCCAAGACCCCGCGGUGGGCCCCGGCCGGCGCGGGUAAAGCGGGUAUUUCAGCCUUGAGGAAGGCAGAGGGCAGGAGGGGCGUGGUUAGAGCCGGCCAGGGCAGACCUGCAGGGUCGCUCCUCCCACCUGCUCUGGUGGGGUCUUAUCCCCGGCCCGUUCUGGGAGGAGUGCUUCCCCCGCCCCAGUGGCCUGGCCCCUAAGCAGUGGGAGGCACCUGCAGGCCCCGGGACCACCUGCUCCCACCCUGCUCCCAGCCAGGUCACCCCGAGACCUGCGUGCUCCCGCUGGGCCCUCCCCGCCGGUCCUGGGUCUAGCUCCCCCCGACACAGUAGCGCUUCCUCCCCUGGGUCCCGCUGGGCGGUUUUUGUGUGCGUGGGUCCGCGUUUGUUUCAGUAUUUAUUAGAGCAGAUGCCUGGAGCCGGGUGGAGGCUGGGGCAGUGACGGCGCUUCACGUGGUGGGGAGCAGCCCCCGGGGGCUUCCCAAACCCUGCUCCUCCUCUGGGGGGCCUCCUCCCUGUCCCCAAACCCUGGCUUUACAGAAAGAGGCUUGCAGCGGUGCGGAGGGUGGGCUCCCUGGACGGGCAGUGUCCGGCACAGGGGCUGCAGGGAAGUGGGGACGUGAGUGGCAGGAGCCCACUUCCCCUGGGUGUGCUGGGGCCGACGAGCCUGCAGGUAUGUCUGCAGGGCUGUGGACUGCCCGGCCCUGGCCCCUGGGCCUCCCGGGGGCUGAGCUCAGGUGCCGCCGGCCAGCCUCUGUUUUCUGGGCCAGUGUCCCAGGCGUGUGCGCUCUGCCCUAGCUGACUGCCCUGAUGUCUCCGGGUUCCGAGUGACGUGGCACGUCCCAGGUGUGCCUGACUGGAGGCCACUGCUGAGCCGUGUGACCUGUGGUGGGGCCAGGCAGAGGGGAGCAGACGUGCGAGCCGGCCAGAGCAGGGCAGAGUGGAGGGGGGUUCCCAGAGGGCUCACAACCUAAUCCCGGACGCUUGGCCUUGUUCCUAGGGAUGACAGGUGCAGGGACCAGGUUGCUGGCCAGGGCAAAUGGACAUGGAUUAGGAUGGGGCAGGUGUCCCCGCCUCCAUCCCCAAACUGGUGGCCUGGGGCUGUGGCCUCCAGCCUGUGCCUGUCCAUUACAAAAGCACAAACUUGCCGAACCCAGGGAGCCUGGCCCUGGCCGUGGAGAGGGCGGGGACCCCGCGCUGACACCGCCGCGCGGUGGCGGGGUUCCCUGGGAUGGAGGCCGGGGGGCACCUCGGCAUCUGCAGGGUGUUACAUCCAGGUGGGGUGCACCUGCCCUGGCCAACCCCUUCCUCUCUGCUGCCCUGCUCCGGCCCCAGGUGACCCCGGAGGACUGGGAGCCCAGUGCCAGCCUGUCUCCCCCAGCCCCCCAACCGCCUUCAGCCCCCUUUGCUGCGAUGUAAGGGCUGGGUCGUGGAAGCCGCUGUUUAGCCCAGAUACGCAUACUCUCCUUGUCUUUGUGCAAUACUCAGUGUUCCUGGCAGAGCCAGAGCUGUGCUGGAGCCCAGGGAGGAGGCAGAGGCCACCUCCCCCAGGAAGCCCUCUGCUGGGCGGCCGCCGUGACUCUAACAUUCCCAGUCGCUGUACAGUUUCUACGGUGUGAAUGAACUUCCCUCCUAGUUGCUGAUGGCGCUGGUACCUGCUGGCCCAGAUGGCCCGGGCGGAGGAAGCCACAGGGCAGCCACCACCAGUGUUGUUUGAAUAAAAACCCAGAAGCCUAUUUAGGGAA